GUUGAUUCUACUACGGCCUAAUGGCAGCAGCGACAGUCCUCGACUCGGUAUCUCAGUUUUAUAUACUCUCGCCACGAGGAGAUACCAUAAUCACGAGGGACUUCCGAGGCGACAUCGUCAAGGGCACGGCUGAGAUCUUCUUUCGGAAAGCGAAGUUUUGGAAUGGCGGUGAGCCGCCGCCGAUUUUCAACCUAGAUGGGAUAUCCUACAUCUACGUCAAGCGGUCUGGUCUCUACUUCGUCCUCACGACCCAGUGUAACGUGAGUCCCAUGUGGGCAAUAGAGCUCCUUAACAACAUGAUCAAGGUUAUCAAAGACUACUGCGGGGUUCUCAACGAGGAGUCUCUUCGGAAGAAUUUCGUCUUAGUAUAUGAGAUUCUAGAUGAAAUGAUCGAUUUCGGCAUACCACAAACCACCAACACUGAGGUCCUCAGAAACUGCGUUCAUAACGAGGCCAUUAUGGUUUCGGAUAGUCCUGGUACGGUCACCGGCGGUGGCAUCCUAUCGUCGCUGCCAGCCUUCAACACUAGUCGAACUAUGCCUUCUACAGCGGUCCACCGACCAAUCGGCCCCGUAGCUCAGCAUGUCCCACAAGCUCCCCCGCAAGUGCCAGUGUCGGCGGCGAACUCCACUAUAGCGGCGGCUCAGAGUGUGGCCUCCUCGGUUAUUUCUACGGCGACUUCUGCGGUGUCUAGUAUGGCUGCAGGCCACAUUCCUGGAAAGGCCGUGCCGGGAGAUCAGAAGAACGAANNNNAUGCCCGAGGCGUCAGUCGAAAAGUAACAGUUCACACGGAAGGUUUGUCAAGAGGCUCUAGUGCGGUCAUCACUGAUGAUUUAGCGGACCCGCUCUCUGUCGCCGAGCUCAUUGGUGAUGUUCCUGAGGAGGAGAGUAGCCCGAAGUGGUCCGAUGUGAAGAAAGAGAAGAUGCUCCCUAGUAGAGGCAGUAGUGGGAAAAUGACGCCGGCGUACAGUUCGCCGAGCUUACCCCAGGCUGAGGAUCAGCGCGAUGGAGAGGCACCAUUACUGAGUGCAUCUGUGUCGUCAGUGAGCUCUGCUACUGUCGAUGUUGGUGUGGGGAAUGUGAGCGUUUAUGCUCCUUCAUCUGAUGCGAGUAUCUGCACAUUAGGAGGAGGAAAGCCUUUGAAGACUCACGGCUCGUGGAGUGAAGCCAUGUGGGCGUCUACGAUUGGUCCCAGAGCUGCUGGGACAAUGCUGAAGGUGCCGUUGCGUCGCUUGAUGGGCCAUUCCAAGAGGAAGUCGUGGAACUCCAAUAUGGAAUCGUACAUCAGCGCCUUGCGCUCAGUGGGAAAGCACCUGUCUGGUAUGAGCGUGGAUCGCGUGAGGAAGCUGGCGGAAAAACCACUACCGAACAAUAUGCUUCCGAAAGGAGUCUUUCGCUUCGCUCAAACCCUCCGAAUCGACGGAAAUCAGGAACCGCUGAAGCUGACGUGGAUGUGGCCGAACGAGAUCACACCCUUGAGGCCACCGGAGCUUGCAGUUCAGCAAAUCGGCCCUAGUGUGAGCGUGUUAAAAGAGAACCCGGUCAUAUUGUAUGUGCCUGGUACCCCUUUCUGCGUCUGGGGUAAGGGCGUUCACCGUUAUCAGUCCUACCUGCUCGCAAAGAGAGCUGAAGCUAUAGUGUGUUGUAUAUGCAGCGACUCGUUGCCACCAGCGGCUUCCUUCCAGGAGGGUGUGACUGAUAUCAAGGCUGUGUACAAGCACUUGAUCAAGAGCAUUGGAGUUGAUCCUGGCUCCAUCGCGAUCGCAGGAGACUCCUUGGGAGCUGGCAUGGCUAUGUUGGCACUCAUAUCUCUGCGAGAUGAAGGAGUUCCGUUGCCGAGUAGUGUUUGCCUGAUGUCACCUAUAACUGAUCUCGCCGAUCAAGUUGAUGACCUUUCGGACGACUUGAGCUCCUCUACAGAGGAGGCGUCUGUGGUGUUGGACGAAGCUGAUGGCAGCACAGCAAAAGCGGCGGCGGUGGAAGAGGAGGAGGAGGAGACCGGAGGUCUCGGUGAUGAUGUUGGGACUAGCGAGCCGAGCGGUGAUGCUGUGGAGAAGCCGGUGGACGGCAGCAGUAGUGAACCGAAGGAAUCCAAGUCGGAGAGCUCUAAAGAAGCGGAUAACAGCACUGAGAAACCCGCGGAGACCGAGAGUGCGACAGCAACUACUGAAACGCCACGUAAACCAGUAGCUGCGGUGGAGAGAAAGGAGAAUGUCGACUACGUCCAGCGUGAUCUGGUGUCUAGUGUGGCACAGUACGCUAUUGGAAACUGCUGUCCGAAUUCCCAGGAGGUCUCUCCUUACUACGCUGAUCUGAGUGGUCUUCCUAACAUGCUUAUCCAGGCCGGUCAAGACGAGUUGUUCCUUCCUCAAAUUGAGCGUUUCGCUGCUAAAGUGUCGGCCAUGAAAAGACCGGAGAUUCACUUUCAGUUCCAGGAGUACGAGGAGAUGGUUCACUGCUUCGAGCUGUUCGGUUUCUGUACUUCCGAGAAUGAAGCCCCUCGUAGAGCCUUGGGGACUAUGGCAGCUUUCGUUCGUGAGCACAUCACAUUGAGCGGAGCGAGCGAGUCGAAUCCCCUGGCGUAGAACUGUUCUCGCGCACAUUUUUUGUGACGUUAUUUCUCUCCUUUUCAAUUCUCGCUGUAAAAGCCGCCUCUCCGCUAAGUUUAGAAAAGCUCAUUAAUGAAUCUGUAUUGAGCUGACGCAGUGCGCGUACUGUCGUUGUUCUGUGUUUCUUUGUUGUACAGUAGCCCUCUUGUUUUUGUUCGACGUGGUUCUCG